CAUUUUCGCCGUCAGUCGUGUUCGGGAUCUCGAGUAGAGCGGUCGCAAAUAUUGUAACGCCAAAGAAGUUCCAUCAUAGGAAACCCCUCCCUGGAUUCAGUGAUCAGAAUGAUUGUGGAAGACAACUGCAGUUAAGGCCUGAAAGUGUGAAUGGCUCCUGAUUGAUGAUAGUGUAUAUUUGGAAUGUUUCAUUGAUAGCGUGAGCAACUAAAGUGUAACAAAGUGACCAAUCCAGACGAGCAGGUGAUAACGACGUUACUUAAUCCGCACGCUAAGCGAAGUCGGACGGAAGAAACGGAUGAAAGGCCGUUAUAGUUUCAGUGAUCGACUAUCAAGUGCUGGCAAACAGAAAGUGAAUCAAUUUUUACAACAAUGAAACCCAUACUGGUGGCACUGUUUGCCAUUACGGUGUACUCUGGAAUAACCGAAGGGAUUAGUUCGAGAGACCUGUACAGCUACUUCAAUGAACCGAGCGAUGUCCUACCACGUGGCGACGAGGAGUACGCGGAAGUACAACUGGACGUUCCGGCCCAUUUCUACAGCGAAAAAUAUGAAGUUGUCUAUAUCAACACCAAUGGCAUUCUAACGUUCGGAUCAGAGUUUCAAAAUUAUCUCAAUCUGCCGUUUCCCAUCGAGUAUCCGGCGGUGGCUCCAUUCUAUGCCAACGUAGAUACCACGCUUCCAAACGAUACCGCCGCCAUCGUGUAUUUCAAAUCGACAGACGAAGAACUACUACAUCGCGUUAGCGAUUUAGUGCGUAUCAAUUUCGCCGAAGCGGUCGAUUUCGAAGCUCGACAGGUGUUUGUGGCAACCUGGGAACACGUGGGACAUUUCGAUCUGAAGAACGACGUAACCAAUUCAUUUCAAGUGGCGCUGAUACUGGGCGAUGAGGAGACGUACGUUCAGUUCCUGUAUCCGGAGAAUGGUAUCAACUGGAUUCAGGGUGACACCAAGGAAUCCGGAUUGCCGGAUGUCCGUGCGCAGGCUGGAUUUAUAUCUGAGGAUGGACGGUUCUUCCCAUUGCAAGGCUCCGGAACUGACAAUAUAAGGCAUCUCACAGCGUCAUCGAAUAUUGGUGAAGCUGGCGAGUGGGUGUUCAAGGUUGGUCCGUUUAAUCAGGAAGAAAAUAUAGAGGAACCUAGCGUGUUUGACGAAGAAUCGCAGGAGCCUCGAAGCUGUGCCGAAGGAGGUCAUUUUAAGUGUCACUCAGCUGCGAAGUGCACGGAUACAAAGACUGGAUACUGCUGUGCGUGUAAGGCUGGAUAUUAUGGAAACGGGUACAGUUGCGUAAAGAACGAUGUCCCGCUCCGUGUGGUUGGGUCGGUUAAGGGAACUCUCAAUCAUUGGACGGUGGAUACACAGAUGCAAUCUUAUAUUGUGAUGGCUGAUGGAAGAACCUAUACCGCGUUGAGUCCUCUGGAGGACGACCUUGGUACGACACUACAGUUGACACAGGCCAUCGGUGCAAGUGUUGGUUGGUUGUUUGCUAAGCCUAUUGGCAAUGUCCUAAAUGGGUAUCAGAUCACAGGAGGAAAGUUCAACCAAACGACAACGAUCAACUACCAGGGAUCAAAUGAUAAUCUUCGAAUUGACCUACGAUUCAAUGGAUUGAACCUGUGGGAUCAACUAGCUGUAGACAUCAACAUUGAAGGUCAAGUUGGUCAAGUGCCUCUUGGAGACAAACUUCACAUUGAUGAUUAUUCUGAAAUCUACCAGAGGGUUGGAAGAGAUCGCAUUGAAGCUUACACUUCACAUAAAGCACUCAUGUCUUCUGACGAUCGUGAGCUAGAGUUUACAAUCCAUCAAAUAAUCUUGUUUGAACCUUGCCCGUUCUUGGAACUGGAAGAGAACGCGCCCAACACAAUGUCUACCUUAAAAACCAGUAAGGUCAAUCUUGGUUAUGAGCCCAGGGAGAAGGCCAUACGAAUGGGAAUGUUAAGCAAGAUCAGCUCCGGUGAAAAAGUGAAUCCUUGCGAUGACGCAAACUGCGGUGACAACACCGUUUGCGUUCCAAAUGCCGACGAUACCUUUGAUUGCAACUGUAAAAAUGGAUUCACAUACGUGCCAUACAACAACAACGACCGCGUGAACUGCGUCGACAUUGAUGAGUGUUCGGGAAUCAACAUCUGCGAUGAGAAUGCAGCUUGUAUCAACGAACCGGGUGGCUACAAAUGCGAAUGCUUCGAAGAAUUUGAGGGCAAUGGGUAUCAGUGUGAAAGAAUCGAUCCAAGUGCUACCAGUUCGGUUAUGGUUCCGACACCGGCUAAUACCUAUUACGAAGUGGACGCGCAUACUCCGAAACCCAGAGAUGAUUAUUGUGAGCAUUGUUCCGAGUUUGCGGAUUGUAUAAAAGGAUACUGCGAGUGUAAAGCAGGAUACGCUGGUGACGGAUACGUUUGUGAGAAUCCAUGUGACACUGAUCAAAUAUGGAACGGCGAAGCCUGUGUCAAACAGGGAUCUACUGAGGAAUAUGAAAUUGCGCCCUUCUGUACCGUUCAGGGAUGCACAUGUCCGACCGGAUACAUCCUAAUUCAGUACGCGUUUGAUCAGAUCUGUCGCUUAGUGGAAGUACAACCGGACGAACAGCACCUACCGUCUUGCGAUGUGGAAAAUCACUGCAGCCCCCUGGCAAAUUGCGAAUGGAACGAACUUCAGUAUCGCUACGAGUGCGUGUGCAAUCCGGGCUACGAUGGUGAUGGGUUCACCUGCAUAGAGAAGGAAGUCUCAUGUCUCGAUGAGGAGGACUUGUGCGAUCAGCAUGCGUCGUGCAACUACAUUGUCCACUUGAAAAAGUCAGUCUGUGUAUGCAACAAGGGAUACGAUGGCGAUGGCCGCACUUGCCAUCUUGCUCCGGAAUGUGCCGUAGAUGAUGACUGUGGAAUGCAUUCGGUGUGCAGCGAAGGACUCUGUGUUUGUCAACCCGGCUACGAACGGGACAUAUCGGACUUCUGUGUACGAGCUGGAUCAUGUGGAGGCACUUACUGUGCAGAAAACGCCAUCUGCAAAUACGAUUCCCACCAAAACAUCCCAUAUUGUCACUGCCCCGAAGGGCACGUUGGAGAUGGCGUUCGUCAGUGCAAGUCUGUACCGCCACCGUGUAACGUACGUAAUAACUGUGGUAUACACGCAACUUGUGGACCUAACUUCAGGGAGCCAUCCAAGUACGAGUGCACGUGUAAUCCAGGGUUCUUUGGAGAUGGCUUCCUUUGCAGUCCGGAGAGGAAUUGCGUCAAUAUACCAGACCUUUGCGAUCCCAAUGCAAAAUGCGUCAGCACAACUUCCGGAUACCAAUGUGCUUGCAACCAAGGUUUCAUCGGUAACGGAACUGUUUGCAAUACUGCUCCACGGCUCGAUUCUGGAUUCUUGUUAAUUAGCCAGGGUGUUGCGACCGUUAAGGUUCCAUUUAAUGGUGCACGCGGAGUUCCGGUGACUAUGGCUCAGAUGGCCAUCGGGGUUGAUAAAGAUUGUGCCGAAGGUCGAAUCUACUUUAGCGACAUUUCGGCAAAGCAGAUCUUCAGCUGCAAGUAUGAUGGAACCGAUCGUAAGCCAUUUAUCACCAAAGAUAUCCUCUCACCCGAGGGUGUAGCCGUCGAUUGGAUUUCUCGGCGACUGUAUUGGACGGAUUCGGCGAAGGAUACCAUUGAGGUUGCAAGUCUGGAAAAUCCCAAUCUACGAGCCGUGAUCGUUUCGAAAUACCUUGUAAAUCCUAGAGGCAUCGCAGUUGAUCCACAUCAGAGCAAACUGUACUGGUCGGACUGGAACCGUGAGAGUCCUAAAAUCGAGUGGGCAAAUUUGGACGGUACGGAACGUCACGUGCUGGUUGAUGGACCUCAAGUUGAGUUGCCGAACAGCAUACAGGUCUCUCCGGGAACGGGUGAAUUAUGCUACGCCGACGCUGGUACCAAAAAGAUCGAGUGCAUAGACACCUAUACCAAGCACAUUCGGACCGUUGCCAGUAACCUAACCUAUCCAUUCGGAUUGGCCGUCACAGACGAUCACUUCUAUUGGACCGAUUGGACAACGAAAAAGGUAGAAUCCAUCAACGCUUACGGAGAACGUGAAAAAGGCAUUCCAUCGCCCGUUUUCGGAAGUCACAAAAUGUACGGCAUGACGGCCGUAACCGACAGGUGUCCACUGUUCUACAGUCCGUGUGUCGUCAACAAUGGCGACUGUUCGGAGAAGAGAAUCUGUCUAUCAAAUCCACGAGCUCCGUCUGGAAGGGGCUGCAAGUGCGCCGAUGACAACAAUUGCAAUGACGUAAUUCUGGACUAUUAAAGACGGUCCUGCGAGGAUCGUUUGAUAGAAGGUUUAGUGUCUUAAGUGAAGUGAAUAAUCAGUAAUGAUUCUACGCAAAGUAUGUUUUUUGAAUGCCAUAAUGUA